UGUAUUCAAUUUCAAAGCAUUAAGAAACCAAGGGAUAAGAUUGAUGUGUCAUGGAAAGCAAAGUGAAUCUGGACGACAUUUUGUGAAUUAAAAAUUGGUAAAAUAUUUUUGAAGAUAUAUAUUUAUUUGAAAUUCACUCUAAUCGUAACCAUAAUCCGAGAAUCCACAACAAAUUCACUUCACUUAAAAAUCAACAAAACAUGUUGACGCGAUUCUCUUCUCUUCAACGAGCAAGGAAUUUCAAGGCCGUGAGGCCGCAGAUUUUUGCCAAGUUAUCUACAGCAGCCGAACCCUCUUCCAACCAGCCUAGCCCUCUGAGGGUUCCCAAUCUUAUUGGUGGUGCUUUUGUUGAUUCACAAUCAUCUGCUUCCAUAGACGUUAUAAAUCCUGCAACACAAGAAGUUGUUUCACAAGUUCCUUUAACUACAAAUGAUGAGUUCAAGGCUGCAGUUUCUGCAGCAAAGCAAGCUUUUCCAUCAUGGCGCAACACACCAAUAACAACCCGUCAACGGAUCAUGUUUAAGCUCCAAGAGCUUAUUCGGAGAGACAUUGAGAAGCUGGCCAUAAACAUUACAACUGAACAGGGAAAGACAUUGAAGGAUGCCCAUGGAGAUGUGUUUCGUGGUCUCGAGGUGGUGGAACAUGCAUGUGGAAUGGCAACUCUGCAGAUGGGGGAGUAUGUCCCCAAUGUAUCAAACGGAAUUGACACUUAUAGCAUUAGAGAGCCUCUCGGUGUUUGUGCUGGGAUUUGUCCCUUCAACUUCCCAGCAAUGAUUCCCUUGUGGAUGUUCCCAGUGGCCAUUACAUGUGGUAAUACGUUUGUCUUAAAGCCAUCGGAGAAGGAUCCAGGGGCUUCUAUAAUGCUUGCAGAAUUAGCAAUGGAGGCUGGUUUGCCAAAUGGUGUUUUGAAUAUCAUUCAUGGAACCAAUGAUAUUGUCAAUGCUAUAUGUGAUGAUGAGGAUAUCAGAGCUAUAUCUUUUGUUGGUUCAAAUACAGCUGGAAUGCACAUAUAUGCAAGAGGAUCAGCCACAGGAAAGCGCAUUCAGUCCAACAUGGGAGCCAAAAAUCAUGGAAUUGUCCUUCCUGAUGCAAACAUAGAUGCUACUUUAAAUGCUUUGGUUGCUGCUGGUUUUGGUGCUGCUGGACAAAGAUGCAUGGCACUCAGCACUGUAGUUUUUGUCGGAGACUCAUCAUGGGAGGACAAACUGGUGGAGCGUGCAAAAGCUCUUAAAGUAAAUGCUGGAACAGAACCUGAUACUGACCUUGGUCCAGUUAUUAGCAAACAGGCGAAGGAACGAAUAUGCGGAUUAAUUCAAAGUGGUGUUGAAAGUGGUGCCAGACUACUGCUCGAUGGGAGGAAUAUAGUGGUUCCAGGAUACGAGCAUGGCAAUUUUAUUGGUCCCACUAUCUUAACUGAUGUCACAGCUGACAUGGAGUGUUACAAGGAGGAAAUCUUCGGCCCAGUUCUUCUUUGCAUGCGGGCUGAGAGCUUGGAAGAGGCCAUACACAUUGUCAACAAAAACAAAUAUGGUAAUGGAGCUGCUAUUUUCACAUCAUCUGGCAUAGCUGCAAGGAAAUUCCAGACUGAGAUUGAGGCUGGACAGGUUGGCAUCAACGUGCCAAUACCAGUCCCCUUGCCCUUUUUCUCAUUUACUGGCUCCAAGGCAUCAUUUGCUGGCGAUCUUAACUUCUAUGGAAAGGCUGGAGUCAACUUUUACACCCAGAUCAAAACAAUAACGCAACAAUGGAAGGAUUUUCCUGGUGGCACUGGAGUUUCACUUGCAAUGCCAACUUCUCAGAAGUAAACAGGGUUACAAUCAAGUGUAAUUCGAUUAUAUUCUGUAAUUUGUGUGAACCUUUCGAUAAAUUGAUACCGAAAUUCUCACUUUUAUAUAUAUGCACCUUUCACUC